AGGGCGGCGGGGGUUCGCAGUCCCAGCCCCCGCCAUGUGGGAGCCUCGCGGGGCUGAGGCGAGCGCGGCGGCGCUCGGGGGCGCGCUCUUCCUGCUGCUCUUCGCGCUGGGGGUCCGCCAGGUGCUGAAGCAGAGGCGGCCGACGGGCUUCCCCCCGGGGCCGUCGGGGCUGCCAUUUAUUGGCAACAUCUACUCGCUGGCCGCCUCAGCCGAGCUCCCCCACGUCUACCUGAGAAAGCAGAGCCAGGUGUACGGCGAGAUCUUCAGUUUAGAUCUUGGAGGUAUAUCAACUGUGGUUCUAAAUGGCUAUGAUGUGGUAAAGGAAUGCCUUGUUCAUCAAAGUGAAAUUUUUGCAGACAGACCAUGUCUUCCUUUAUUCAUGAAGAUGGCAAAAAUGGGAGGCUUACUCAAUGCCAGAUAUGGCCGAGGAUGGACUGAUCAUAGAAGAUUAGCUGUAAACAGCUUUCGCUGUUUUGGAUAUGGCCAAAAGUCUUUUGAAUCUAAAAUCUUAAAAGAAACAAAAUUUUUCAUUGAUGCUAUUGAAACAUACAGAGGUAGACCAUUUGACUUGAAACAAUUAAUAACAAAUGCUGUUUCAAACAUAACCAGUCUGAUCAUUUUUGGAGAACGAUUCACUUAUGAAGACACUGAUUUUCAGCACAUGAUUGAGUUAUUUAGUAAAAACGUGGAACUAGCUGCCAGUGCCUCAGUCUUCCUGUAUAAUGCCUUUCCAUGGAUUGGCAUCUUACCUUUUGGAAAACAUCAACAGCUGUUUAGAAAUGCAAAUGUGGUCUAUGAGUUUCUCUCCAGGCUCAUUGAAAAAGUUUCUGUCAACAGAAAGCCUCAGUUACCUCGGCAUUUUGUUGAUGCUUAUUUAGAUAAGAUGGAUCAAGGUAAAAAUGACCCAUCAUCUGCUUUCUCCAAAGAAAACCUAAUUUUCUCGGUGGGUGAACUCAUCAUUGCUGGAACCGAAACUACAACCAAUGUGCUACGGUGGGCAAUUCUUUUCAUGGCCCUUUAUCCUAACAUUCAAGGACAAGUUCAGAAAGAGAUUGAUUUAAUUAUGGGACCCAGUGGAAAGCCAUCUUGGGAAGACAAAUGCAAAAUGCCUUAUACUGAGGCAGUUUUGCAUGAAGUUUUAAGAUUCUGUAAUAUCGUGCCAUUAGGGAUUUUCCACGCAACCUCUGAAGAUGCAGUUGUACGUGGUUAUUACAUUCCUAAAGGCACAACAGUAAUUACAAAUCUUUAUUCUGUACACUUUGAUGAGAGGUACUGGAGAGACCCAGAAAUAUUCUAUCCUGAGCGAUUUCUGGACAGCAGUGGAUGUUUUGCCAAGAAGGAAGCUUUGAUUCCUUUCUCCCUAGGGAGAAGACAUUGUCUUGGAGAACAGCUGGCUCGAAUGGAAAUGUUCCUGUUUUUUACAGCAUUGCUUCAGCGGUUUCACUUGCAUUUUCCACAUGAACUGGUUCCAAAUCUGAAGCCUAAGUUAGGCAUGACAUUGCAACCCCAGCCCUACCUCCUCUGUGCAAAAAGACGCUGAACGUGCAUGGCUGUUUUGUGGAACAAGGCUAUAUAUUUGCCUCACCCUUGAACCUUGUUUAAUCAGUAUGUGUUUAGGCAAAAGUCACAGCAUUGUAAAGCCAAA